UACCAUGGAUAAUAUUCUGCGAAUCCUUCAAUCUUCUCCACUCUUAUGCAUCACUCUUCCUUUUUUGGUCUUCAUUUCCAUCUUCUUCUCAAGAAUCAAUCGUAGAAAACUCCCAUACCCACCUGGCCCGAAAGGGUAUCCCAUCAUUGGCAACAUGACGAUGAUGGACCAGCUGACUCACCGCGGCCUCGCUCGCCUCUCCAAGCUCUACGGUGGCCUGCUUCAUCUCAAAAUGGGAGCUGUACAUUUUGUCGUAGUUUCAACUCCAGAUAUGGCCCGAGAAGUGCUCCAUGUUCAAGACAGCGUCUUCUCGAAUCGCGCGGCCAACAUUGCAACAACUUACUUAACUUACAAUCGAGCCGACAUGGCUUUUGCAAACAAUGGACCGUUUUGGCGCCAAAUGCGCAAACUUUGUGUCAUGAAACUCUUCAGUCGACGACGGGCCGAGUCUUGGGCGUCCGUUCGUGAAGAAGUGGACGCCACUGUGAAAAUCGUGACGGCAAGAAUCGGUUCAGAGGUAAACAUCGGUGAGUUGGUAUUUGCUAUGACGAAGAACAUAAUUUACAGGGCUGCAUUCGGGUCGGUUUCUCAUGAAGGACAAGAAGAAUUCGUCAAGAUUAUGCAAGAGUUUUCUAAGCUUUUUGGAGCUUUUAAUAUAGCUGAUUUUUUGCCGUGGCUGGGAUGGAUUCAUGCCCGAGAAUUCAACAAGAGACUCGCCAGAGCUCGAGAAUCGCUCGAUGCGUUUAUUGAUGUUAUCAUUGAUGAUCAUAUGGGGAAGAAGAAGAAUGUGAAUGGUGAAGAUGAAAAAGAUGAAGCUGCAGAUACAGAUAUGGUUGAUCAAUUAUUGGAGUUUUACGUUAAAGAUCGUGAUGGGGAAAAUAACUCACUUCAACUCACUAGAGAUAACAUCAAAGCCGUUAUCAUGGAUGUUAUGUUCGGAGGAACCGAAACUGUGGCAUCUGCAAUCGAAUGGGCAAUGGCGGAAUUGAUGAAGAGACCGGAAGAACUGAAAAAGGUCCAACAAGAACUCGCUGAUGAAGUCGGGUUGAACCGGUUUGUCCACGAAUCGGAUCUUGAGAAACUCACCUAUCUCAAAUGUGUCUUCAGAGAGACCCUACGUCUUCACCCACCAAUUCCUCUCCUACUACAUGAGACCACCGAGGACACCGUCGUGUCUGGCUACAAAAUCCCCGCGAAAUCUCAAAUCAUGAUCAAUGCAUACGCUAUCGGGCGGGACCCGUCCGCUUGGGAAGACCCGGAUGAAUUUAAGCCCGGUAGGUUUUUGAGAGAGGGUGCUCCAGACUAUAAAGGUAAGGAUUUUGAAUAUAUCCCAUUCGGGUCGGGCCGAAGGUCUUGUCCGGGUAUGCAACUCGGGUUGUAUGCUUUGGAGUUUUCCGUGGCUCAAUUGCUUCACUGUUUCAAGUGGGAGUUGCCAAAUGGAAUGAGGGCAAGUGAACUCGAUAUGAAUGACAUGGUUGGACUAACUGCACCGAAAGCAACACGGCUCCUUGCAGUGCCGAGUUAUCGACUGAGUUGUCCAUUGUCAAUACUUUAAAAAUGCCAUUUGUUUGAUAAUAUUUUAUUAUAAAAAAUAAAAAAUAAUCAUAAAAUUAAAAUUUUUAUA